AACUUUUUUACCAUUCUCUCUCCAUAGCAAUGAUAUGGCACGUUCGCAUUUUCUUCGGAGUUUACGUCCAAGCUCCGAGCCGUAUCAACUUCCCCAGUUCUGCGGAUUCUUCCCGAACAUCUCUUCCUCCGUUUAAGUGAAAUAUUUCGACGCCAUCCAUGAAUCCAUCGAAGCUGCGGAGUCUACGACCCACCAUUGGAGCAAUCGCAUGCUUCGGCGGCGCAGCUUUCUUCGGAACAUGGUACAGACGAUCAUUCGCAGAUCGUAGCACCGCGAGUCGAACCUUCGAUCCGGACUACUUCUCACAAUUCACCCUCGAGUCAAAGCAGCCCGUUUCCUCUACAAGCGCCAUAUUCACCCUACGCCAGCACAUCCCCGGCAAAGACGAGGCCGAUAAGCUUCAAGCUUUCAACGAACGUUUCUGGAGAACGCUUUGGAGCGUGCAGAUUAAGCAGCCCCAACUUCAAAUCGGGAGGGAUUACACGCCGCUACCCCCUUUACUCGACGAUGAUGGCUCUACGAACCAUUCCAACUCGAUCAAGCUCCGUCUAUACGUCCGCGCGUAUAACCCUGGAGAAAUGUCCUCCUACAUCCACCGCCUACCAAUAGCUGGAAAGCUAGACCUCCGAGGACCGCAUAAUGAACUCGCUGUGGAUGGCGAUAUAGAAGAGGUUGUCUUUCUUGCUGGAGGGACGGGGAUUGCUCCAGCUAUGCAAAUGGCAUACGCGCUGUCGCAGUAUCCAAAUGCUCGCAUGUCCAUUUUGUGGGCAUGUAGGCAACGCGAAGAUUGCGCUGGUGGAGAGGGCAGUGUAGUACCCCCCUCGAAGUCGUGGAAAGAUCGACUAUCUGGAUCGAAGCAAAUCCCUGUUGCGAUUUCCGCUGGCCCCAAGAGCCCGAUUGUCGAGGAGCUCGAAGGGUUACAGAAACGCUGGAACGAUGGCUCCGAUUCAGCGGGUGGGCGACUACGGAUACAGUACUUUGUGGACGAAGAGGGGACGUUCAUCAACUACAAGGAGGUCAUGACGCUAGCUAAGCCCAGCGCACCUGCAAGUCCUUCUUCUCGUGGGAAGAAGGUCCUGUUUGUCUCCGGCCCUGAUGGUUUCAUCAACUAUUGGGCUGGUCCGAAGGUAUGGCGUGAUGGCCAAGAACAGCAAGGACGGUUAGGUGGAGUCCUCGCCCGCCUAAAUCUACGGGACUGGACCGUAUGGAAGCUAUAGACGUCGAAUGUGCAGUGACAGGAAUUUAUGCAGCGUUUGAUGCUCUGCUGGAUUCCGCUGCUGCCCUCUAUCUCGGAGACGUUGUUCCCGGCGCUUUGGAGAUCCCCCGAUGCCCACGAUCAUG